AUGCUAAGGUCGACAUAUACCCCACCUCCUCCGCUACCUCCAGGAUGGACCGAACAUAAAGCUCCUACAGGACAUACAUACUAUUACAAUGCGCAAACCAAGCAAUCCACCUACACCAGGCCCCUACCAGUCCCGACCCAACCCCAACCGCCGACAAUAACGCCGCAACAACCCACGUUCAACACGAACAUAGACACACUGCCCCCAUUCUCUUCUACUCCUUAUGCGCCUCACGGAUUCGGACUUGGUGCCCCUGGCUUCAAUGCCAUCCCUCAAUACGCACAGCAACAAGGAAGUCAGGGCCAAGGAAAUUUCCGUGGCGGGAGAAACAACUAUGAUCGUCGACGUCGGGGGCCAGAAGACAGGCCCAAGAAAAAGCACGCAGUGCCAGGUUGCGCGCCGUGGGUGCUUGUGAAGACGAAACUAGGAAGACGAUUCGUACACAAUCCGGAGACAAACGAGAGCUUCUGGAAAAUCCCUCCCGAGGUGAUGAAGGGGGUUCUCGAGUUCGAUCGCUUGGAACAAGAGGCACUUGCGAGAAAGGAACGGGGCGAAGAUAUCCAUGAUGUUGGAAACCUGGACCAUACAGAGGGCAGUUCAGGAGAGAGACAGGAGGCCGAGGUUUCGGCAAGCGGGCCCACAACAGCACACGCUGAGGAGGACAGCGAUGAGUAUGAGGAAGUCGAGGUUACAGACGACGAGGACGAAGACCAACCUUUCAAACGACCAAAGACCGAUGAAGAUGAAGGUCACCCACAACCUGUGGAAUUUACGGAAGAAGAUAUGGAAUAUCAGUUAGCAGCGAUGGGAGAAGAAUACGGCCUUGACCCCGGCGAGUAUGGCGAACCAGGCGAGGAAGGGUGGGAGGAGGGUGCUGAAGGUCUGCCGCUCACGGAGGAGGAUGCUACGGCUCUGUUCCGCGACCUCCUCGACGACUUCCAUAUCAAUCCCUUCACGACCUGGGAGAAGAUCAUUGAAGAAGGCCACAUCAUAAAUGACAGCCGCUAUACUGUUCUCCCGAACAUGAAAGCGCGUCGCGACGUCUGGUCAAACUGGAGUCGCGAUCGUAUCCAAGAAAUCAAGGAGUGCAAGCAGAAGCAAGAGAAGAAAGACCCGCGCAUAAAAUACCUGUCAUUCUUGCAAGAACACGCAACCCCAAAACUGUACUGGCCAGAAUUCAAACGGAAAUAUAGGAAAGAGCCAGAGAUGAAAGACCCACAACUGUCGGACAAAGACCGGGAGAAGUUCUACCGCGACCUGGUAUCUCGAAUGAAGCAGCCCGAAAGCAGUCGAAAAUCCGAUCUCUCGGCUCUGCUCAAGUCUGUGCCUUUGCAUGAAUUGAACAAAUCAUCCAACCUCGAAGCGCUCCCCACCUCUAUCAUCACCGAUCUCAGAUACAUCGCACUAGCUCCCAAAGUACGUGAUCCGCUUAUUGAGACAUACAUCUCGACCUUGCCCCCGGCGCCAGAGGAUAACCUCACCGCCGAUGAAAGAGAAGAGCUGGAGCGAAAAAGAGUGGAGCGAGAAAAGCGCGAGAGGGCAUUGGCGGAACGUGAGAAGCAAGUUGAAGAUGAAAAGCGGAAGCAGAAGGGCGAACUCAUCCGUGGCAAACAUCUCCUAAGAGAAGGUGAGGUCGAGCUUGAGGAAGCUAUGCAAGUCAACAAGGGCGGCCUGCGCAGCUACCUGGAAGCAGAGGACCAAUCGUCCAGACCUCAAGGAGAAUAG